GAAAAGGAUAAAACAAAUAUGAAGUCAUGGAUGAUAUCAAAAGAGGAAGUUAAUGUUCCGCAGCCACUGAUUCAUUACCUUUCACAUAAUACCUCUUGUGUUGCUGGUGUGAUUGAUGAAUUUCAAAUGAAGCAACGUUAUAGAGGAGUAUCUGGUCAGUUUGGUCAGAACUUUGUUCUUGAUUUUUCAUCUCUCAAGUGGAUUCAUCAUGAUCAUAGGAUGAUCUUAGCCAGUGAAAUACGAAAUUUAGUUGUAACGAACGGUAAAAGUCGCCGUCCGUUCCACUUGCAUUUUUGCAGUUAUUUGGAAAACGAAUCUAUGUUACCUUUGAUUAAAUAUCUAGAAAAGGGCCUACUUAACUCUGCUGUAACACUAACAGCAGACAGCUACUUAAAUAAGUUUUUGAGGAAAGACAUAGUUUAUUUGACACCUCAUUCUGUCAAUAAAAUUAAAUACAAUCCUGAAGAUAUUUAUGUAAUUAGUCCAUACCAUGAGCGUAGGUAUCAUGUUCCCCGGCGCGAUCGUGGCAUCAGAACAGCCACAUUACCCUACGAUUUUAAGUGGCGGCAGGGAAAUACCUGGCUGUCACUCCCAGAGAUCCAUCAACUUCUCACCUCGUGGAAAGAGCUUAAGGGUCAAAGGGAACAAAAAAUAAAAUUUAAGACAAAAAAGUAAAAACAA